UCCAACAGCGCGUACAAUGAAAACUGUUCCGCGGAUUCGUAAAGUCGUGUUGUGCGAGCAAAAGCCAUCGAAAGAGAAGAAUACGCAGUAGAGGGUUUUUUAUAUCUAAUUGGGAAGUUCCUUAUCGAGGACCUCUGGAUCUAUAUCUACUUUUUGUCUUUCUGCGUCUACUGUCCCGCCGGAAAGGUUACCGUCACGAGCGUUUGCCGUCCGUUUAUGACCGAAUUGUGAGUGGUGAGCAAGGUCCGAAAUUGAGGAUCAUCUCGGGUACGCGCUGGAAGAUUCUCCAUCCGUCGUGGUGGUGUGGUGCGAAGAAGCAUAGUGGCAGAAAUUUGUGCAAUUAUAAGCUAUCGUGUUGUUGGCUAGCAGGAAGAUUCGUAGAUUUUCCCUCCUAUUACCAAACGCCCGCGGUGGUCACUUCAAUCCGGGAGCCGUUUUUCCGCAAGCAUUUCCUAUCCGCUCGUCUUCCGUGGUAAAGUGCAUCAAACGGAAAGGCCAAUAUCUUUGUCGUGAGUGUGUUUUGAUUGUCGGGUGGAAAGCGCCUUUCGGUCAGGAAUCAGUAAAAAGUAGAUCCGAUCCCCGAAGGAAGAAGGAAAAGUCGUAUCGUGUCUGUGUAUUUGUGCUUUCCUGUGAGUGAUUUUUGCCUUCAAAGACUUUCCGCGCUGCUACUGGAUCCCUUGCGGCAAAGUGUCCGCCCAAGCACGGCAACGGAGUCUCCAGGAAGUAGAUGAAGGAACCAUCUACUCUGCCGCCCAGAGUACGUACGGAAGCAACCAGCCGCAGCUGCACCCGCUAUCGCUGCGCCGCCCUACCAGCAAUUGCAGUAGAGUGCCCCCCCGAUCAGCGACAGCAGCAGCAACCCCGUCAGUCAGUGCCGGUCCGACGCGAUCCGAGGCCACCGCUUUUGUGGUUCCGUGUUAGCACAAUCCGCAGACAACGCCGCCGAAGAAGAUGUCUCGCAAUAAAGACAAGUACGAUAACAAUCGGCGGCAGCAGACCUUCCUUACGGCGGAGGAUAUUGCGGCCGGGAAGAAAACCUUCUGGCACGGCGUCGAGAUAACCGGCAGCGUUCGGAACAUCAGUCCGACGCUGUGGAAGUUCGAGCACCUGACGGCGCUGUACCUCAACGAUAACUGUCUGAUGCGGCUUCCUCACCAGAUCGGUCUGCUGGUCAACUUACGCAUGCUAGACCUGUCCAGCAACAAGCUCCGCAGUCUACCGGCGGAACUAGGGGAACUGAUUCAUCUGAGGGAGUUGCUGCUAAACAACAACCUGCUGCGUGUGCUUCCGUACGAGCUAGGCAAACUAUUUCAUCUGCAUGUGCUUGGUCUGCAUGGGAACCAGCUCGGGAAGGACGUGAUGUCGAUCUACAACGAGCCGAACGGAACGCAGAAGCUGCUCACGUACAUGCUCGAUAAUCUGUCAGUUACCGUGGCUCCACCACCGCAACGUCCCUGGAUUCCUCUAGCGCGACCAAACCGGGCCAGGGGUGCAUGUAUAUUCACCGUCAUGUGCUAUAAUGUACUCUGCGACAAGUACGCCACCAGACAGAUGUAUGGCUACUGUCCCAGCUGGGCCCUGAGCUGGGAAUAUCGGAAAAAGGCAAUAUUGGACGAAAUUCGGCACUAUUCGGCGGACAUCAUCAGCCUGCAGGAAGUCGAAACGGACCAGUUUUUCAACUUCUUCAAACCGGAGCUGAAGAACGACGGCUAUGAGGGUAUUUUCUCGCCGAAGUCGCGUGCUAAAACCAUGUCCGAGGUAGACCGAAAGUACGUCGACGGUUGCGCCAUCUUCUUCCGAUCGUCCAAGUUUUCACUUCUCAAGGAACAUCUGGUCGAGUUCAAUCAGCUAGCAAUGGCGAAUUCCGAAGGGUCGGAUAACAUGCUGAAUCGGGUGAUGCCAAAGGAUAACAUCGGCCUGGCGGCGCUGCUCAAGGUGAAGGAAAGUGCAUGGGAGGGAGUUUCCCCGGAGCAGGCGGCAGCCUCGCAGCCGAUUCUGGUAUGCACAGCGCACAUCCACUGGGAUCCGGAGUUUUGCGACGUCAAGCUAAUCCAGACGAUGAUGCUAAGCAACGAGAUAAAAACGAUACUGGACGAGGCAGGCCACAGCUUCCGGCCAGGUCACAAGUUUGACGUGAACAAUGUACAACUAGUGCUGUGCGGCGAUUUCAACUCGCUGCCUGAUUCGGGUGUAAUCGAGUUUCUCAGUGCCGGACGUGUAUCAAUGGACCAUCAAGAUUUCAAGGAGCUGGGCUACAAAUCCUGCCUGCAGCGUAUAUCAAAUUGUGAUACACCAAAUGAAUUUACUCAUUCCUUUAAGCUAGCGUCUGCGUACAGUGAAGAUAUAAUGCCAUAUACAAAUUAUACAUUCGAUUUUAAAGGUAUUAUUGAUUAUAUAUUUUACUCGAAGCAAGGUAUGAUCCCGCUGGGGCUGCUCGGGCCAAUAUCAGCCGACUGGCUGCGGGAGAACAAAGUUGCCGGCUGUCCCCAUCCGCACAUACCAUCGGACCACUUCCCGCUACUGGUGGAGCUGGAGCUAAUCCACAUUUCUAGUACUCAGCCUCCGAAUGGUCUCAUAGGUCGGAGGUAGCAAUAAAACUCACGCUCGGCUAGUAGCAAAACAGCUAAGACAAGAACCACAACAAAACUGCAGCAACAGUAACAAUAAUCAUCACCAGACGACAACGGAAACGAGGACAAAAACAGAAAGCAGUAGACUUAGCAUUCGGAACAACAGCAACAACAAUAACAGCACUACUACUUCUAUCGUAAAUGGCUCAUUAUCCCCCUCGAAGGAGCUUAGCAUUAGUACCAAAUGGACAUUGAUAACACUGUCUACUGCUAUCGCUAACAGCAACGGAAAAGCGCGAAAUCGCAAUCGCUUGCAGCUUCCCGGCAAGUCUACUUUAACCAAGUAUACUAGCGAAAAGGCAACCUUAGUAGCAGUAACAACAACAACAAAACCACUAUCGAAAGCCAAAUAACAGAACCUAGGAUUUUAAUAGCAAUCCGGACUCCCACCCCGUUUUUUAGGAAAAAAAGCAGAGCCACGAGAGAAAAGCGACAGAGAGAGGUUCGAAUCUCAGCUAAGUACCAAUAGAGAACCCAUAAAAAAAAAAACAAUUAAACUACUAUUGAUAGACCGAGAAACAAAAAACAGGCUGUUCAGAAAGCCAAAAAGUGCAACUAAUAGACCCCCGCUAGUAACUCUUACUCCGUGUAGUUUAUUUUCUUUCAUUCUUUCGGGAUCAUGUAUCUCUCCUGUGAUGUGAUAUUAUUUUAUUUAGCUUUUUUUUUAUUUUAAUUAAUACUUUGUGUAACUCUGAUAACUUCGCAGAAGGAAAUUACAUUUUUUGGAGCAAUUAAGUCACCCACCCUCACGUUCCGAGGAAAAGCUACAAUCCAUAUCACCACAAUAUUUUACAUACACACAAAAAGCAUACCUCUCUCUUGCUCUAGUUAGCUAAUGUGAUAUUAAUAGAGAUUUGUUCGCCUCUCUUUUCCUCGCAAAACAAGCUCGGCUGUGUUUGGAGUACUUUACACAUACACAAACUCAUAUAAACCUAUUUUAGAACAUCCCGCGCGUAAUUCCACUCUCCACAAAACCACAUCCUCGCCGGCUUUCGAAUCUUAGCUUAGCCUUUUUGCGUUUUACGAGUAACUGCUUUAAUUUGUAUAAGAUUGAUUUGUUCUCCUUUGCGUUUAAUGAGAUGGCGUUUAGGAAUGGCAAGAUCUAUCUAAACCUAGCUUGUAAGAUUGUAAUUGUAAACUCAAAAACAAGCCCCCGUUAAAGAAACAAAGUAAACUGCGGAAGGAUGUCCCCCUCGAAUGGGUUGUAGUUGAGGAAGAGAAAAAAAUAAGAAGAAAAAAUCACAUUGAAAACAAAAAAUCACGUCUUUUGGUCGUUAUUUGAACUGUUUUGUUUUUCAGCGCCAACUCGUCAGAAAUGCUGGUUUAAUUUUCUCUCACAUGCUAUCUGUUCUUUCAGCAGGUGAGCAAAAAUUAUCAAAAAAUAAGUACAUCUUUCGGGUUAGUGUUUGUUUCAGUUUUCGGAUACUUUUUACGAUUUUUUAAUUUCGUAUCAAAUGAAAAGUUAUGAGUUUAGUAGCAGAUAAAAAGUUGAUUUCUUUUCACCUUAUUUGAACGUGAAUACAAAGCAUUGAGCAGAAAAAUUGCCAAAACUUUUAAAAUUACAAUAAACUUUUUUACUGCUAAACCGUAAUCACGACAUACUAAGAUCUACAGGCGAUCUCUGAACGAACAUUACAAUGAACAUCAAAAUAUUGAAAAAGUUUUUUAGAGAAAAUUUUUUCCCUUGAAAGUGUUUACGUUGGUUUAUUAAGAUGUGUUUUUAGCAGCUAAAACUUAUUCAAAAAAAAAUCUUGGAUGACUGUUUUUUUUUUAAAUCACUUUGUUUAUAAAUUUUUUUUCAGUGUAGGCUCUCAAAUUCAAUUUUUUUUUCAAUAUUUUUAAAUAAAAGUUCAGACAGUUCCCUUGAAGUCAUCCCUUGACAACUUUUCUCUAUCUCUAGUCAUUAUUCAGAUAUAUCGAUUAAAAAAAAUACUUCCGCCCUUUUCAAAUGUUAGUACAGAUAAAUUUUCGAAAAAAAAAAGUUACUUUGGGUAGUAAGACCUACACGCCCACAAAGUUUUAUUGAGUUUGAGUUGGCGCAAAAUCUUUCAAAUAGGGUUUAUAACCUCAACGAAUAGUAAUUAUUUUCAGAAGAAAACAACAUCAAUCAGCAUCAAAUCAAUCCGUUUUGGUUUUAAUUCCAAGAAGCUUUUCUCCUUUGUAUUUCCGAAACCGAACUUGAUCUGCAGUCUGUCAGUAUGCUAAAACCGCGUGACGAGACAAUGAAUAUAAACGCAAGCAACAAACAAACCAACCAACCACAAUGAAAAUAAUGUGAUCCAAGCAGUUUUAAAGCCGUUGUUAUCCAGCCUAGCAUUACUACUAAAGCAACAAAAAACAAACAAAAAAGUUAAACGAUAAGAUCGAACAACACAUCAGCAAGAGAAAAAGAUAGUACAAACCAUAGUCAAGGUGGAAUCGGAGUAACCACCGAACAGGAUACAAGAUAAAAAAAACUUUAAACAAAUCCUAAAACCGAACUUCAUGAACGAGUGGCUUGUCACGAAAACUGUUUUUCUGUGAAUGAACAAUUGCAAUCAACAUUGAACACCAUCGAUUAAACCAAUUUAGCAUUCAUAAUGAGCGUUUGUUCAUAAGAAGAUUUUUUACCCACAGAGUUGAGGAAAAAAUUAGUGGGCUAAAACAAAAACUAACGCUUGAGCUAUUUUUUCUCAAUGAUUUAUAAUUAUGUUUUGCAGUCGAUUUAAUUCUCGUGUAUUUUUAAGAUUUAUUUAAAAUACAAGCUACAAGUUGCAAUACAUACUAACAAACUGCUAAGGAGGAAACGCAAGUAACAUUUACUGUUCUAAUAUUUUGUUAAUUCGAACCGACGAGGAAAACAACUUGUUCUGACUUUGAAGAAUUCAAAAGAACAUGAAAGUCAGCCAAAUUAGUUUAUUUGAAAAAAAAAACUAUACGACCGCAAAGGACUUAGCAUUGUACCUGUAUUUUCACCAUCUUUUCCAUUAUAAAAAAGGUGCGUUCAUUUUGAUGACAAAUGAUAGAAGAAGCAGCAGGAUACAGUAAAUCAAAGCAAAGAUGAUCAGUCGACCGGUAGACCGGACUUGCAAAAUAAGCUCAUUUGUAGUAAGUAAGCAAUGCAAACACAAACGCUGCCCGCAAAUUGCGCUUAUGGCCUCAAUGAAUUGGCGUGUGCUUCGUAACACAAAAACACGCUUUAACAACACGUUAUAAACAUUUCAGUAAGGGUGAAUAUCAAACCACAACAAAUACAACGCUUUCCCCGUACAGUAAACAUUUGAGUAGAUGUGCUUUUCGUUAUCUCACAACAAUGAGCAGAAUAAAUUACGUCAAAUUGCACAAAAGAUAUUCUCCUACGAGCGCGAAGUUGAAUUGGAACCUGAAGCUAGCAUUUCCACGGCGCUGUCCUCUCGCGACCACAAAUAUCAAACAUAUAUAGUGCAAAAGAAACGCCCCAUAGUUGCUAAAGCUUCGCAUUCAUACGAUAUAAAAAAACUACAUUACAUAAUGGACGACCUUCAGGACUAUGAGAAAUAAUUGAAACAUGGUAAAAUAAAUUUAAAUUUGUAAACAAAAGAUUUACUGAAAAAGUCGUUAAGCUAACCUUAGGGAAAAGUCGUCGAACAUGGCAGUCAUACACACACACACCCAACCAACUGAGAUAACUAAGGGAAAUUAUAUUUUAAGAUAUCUACAAAACAAGUAGCAAAUACGCUGCUAAUCACAAAACCAUUCACACACUCGAACGAACAUCAAAAUUCAUGAAAAAGCGAAGAAAACAUAACAGCAUUAAACCUACUCAAACAUUUCCGUCGCACACCAAUUAAAAAAACAGAGAGAUGAUUAAAGAAUAAUUUUGGAACUUAGCUAAAAAAUAUAUUAAAAAAAAAAAACAAAAAAAGAGAAAAUUAAAAUCUAAUCAAAUAUUAUAUCCUGCGUUUUUAACACCCCCAAAAAACAGAAAUACAAAUAUAAAAAUAAAAAUGAACACAACAUAGCUAAGUGAAGGUACCACUGUUGGACAGAGCAAAUAGACAAACAAAAAAUCUCCUGUUCAAUCAAUAAUCAGAUAUUUUUUUAUUUUGCUUCUCCUGCAAAACAGAAAAAAAAACAAAAGUAGCACAGCAAGGUAUUUUAGCGAAAAAUAACCAGCCCCCUCCUGCAAACAGUACUCACACACACACUCACAAUGCGCCUCCAGAAUUCCAUAAAACCCCAAUGUCUAACAUAUGAUUGAAAAAAAAAAGAACAUAAACGAAAUAAUCGUCAGAAGUGAAUAAAAAAAACAUAGUAACCUUAGUUGCAAUGAUUUUAAACUGAAGUCUAUAUUUACGGUAAACAAAAGGUAGAAAACAAAUAAUCAAAAAAAGAAGGAAGAGAGUUUUUGAUUUUUCAUUUUUUUCUGUUUCUCUAGUGAAGAGUGUGCAUACGCAUGCCAUUUUCCGGCAUGGACACGCACUGGGUACUGGAAAUCCGGAUUAGAAUGUGUAGUGGUGUAAUCAAAGUGUAACAAAGGACGUAGGCAGAUGUAAUAGUAGAAAUAUAAGCGAGCGGAAGUAGAUGGAGGCAGAAAGUUUACUAUCUUGUACUAAUUUGAAGAAAAAAAAAAAGAAAAGCAAAGGAAAACUGAAGCAGCAGAGAGAUGAGUCGAUGAGAGAAGAAUAAAUCAAACAAAAAAUUA